AUGAAUGAAGGUACUGAAGUCGAGAGGACUUUUGCCCGAGAUAGAGUCAGUGGACGUGGGUCUCUACGAGCAUUGCGUGCUUGGAAAGCAGAAGCGACGGUGACAUCUCUUGGAGGAUCGAUGUACUACAUGACGUUCGUUGAUGACUGCACAAGAAAGGUAUGGGUGUACUUUCCGAAAAGAAAAUCCGAUGCCUUUGAUACUUUCAGGAGAUGGAGAGCACUCGUGGAGAAAGAGACAGGUUUGGAAGUGAAAUGUCUCAGAUCCGACAACGGUGGCGAGUACAACAGUGAAGCCAUCAAAGAAUACUGCGCUGAUAAUGGGAUCCAGAUGCAGAAGACGGUCCCAAGGACACCUCAACAAAAUGGCAUUGCGGAGAGGAUGAACAGGACACUGAAUGAGCAUGCGAGAUGCAUGCGAUUGAAGAAUGAGAUCGAGCGUACAGAAGAAGAGGCAGAACCAGAAUCAGAUGAACCGAUUGCUGAGAACAACACGCCUCUGCACUGGGCCGAGAACCGAGGAUGA